UGUCUUCCUAACGGCAUACCUGUACACACUGUGUAGUUGGUCCAAAGACAUUUUCAAGGAUACUUGUUCAGAAUGAAUUAACUUUACAUAUCGGGAGGACAGGUGGCAGAUGGGGAGACUAAACAAGGAAAUGUCCUGGUGUAUUAUUUCCCUGUUCAUGCACGCUGCAAUUCUCUCCACCAGUUUGGUUUAUGGCCAAAUUUGCACCAAGAUUAAAGUAGACAACUGUCAGGAAUGCAUCCAGUCUGGGCCGCACUGCGCCUGGUGUAAGAAAGUGAAUUUCACCAACGCUGGGGAGCCAGACUCCGUCCGCUGUGACACCAUGAAAGUACUGGCUGAACGAGGCUGUCAGGAGACAGAUCUCAUUAACCCUAUAAGUCGACCGCUGUUUAAGGAUUCACACUCUCUAGGUGGUACGGUGCAGCUGACACCUAAAGAAAUUGAACUGCAAUUGCGACCAGGCAUGCCUGCGGAGUUUGAAGUGAAGUUUAAGCGGGCAGAGGGGUAUCCGGUAGACCUCUACUACCUCAUGGACCUCUCUUACUCCAUGAAUGAUGAUCUUGCCAACGUGAAGAAUCUGGGAACCCAAUUGCUCAGUGCCUUAAACAGCAUAACCAAGUCGGCACAGAUAGGUUUUGGCUCCUUUGUGGAUAAGACUGUGUUGCCGUUUGUGAGCACACACCCGGAGCAACUGAAGAACCCUUGCCCUGAGAAGCCCGACAAUUGCCAGCCUCCUUUCUCCUUCAAACACAUCCUCAAUCUCACGGGGGAUGGGGAACAGUUUAAGAGGCAGGUUGGAUUGCAGAACAUUUCAGGAAACCUGGAUUCGCCAGAGGGAGGUUUGGAUGCCAUGAUGCAAGUGGCAGUUUGUGGGGAGAAGAUUGGGUGGAGGAAUGUCACCAGGCUGUUGGUGUAUGCCACAGAUGACGGCUUCCAUAUUGCCGGAGAUGGUAAACUGGCAGCUAUUCUGACCCCAAAUAAUGGAGAAUGCCACCUGGACGACAAUAUAUACAAGAGAAGCAAUGAGUUUGAUUACCCAUCAGUCGGGCAACUGGCCCAGAAACUCUCGCAAAAUAACAUCCAGGUUGUGUUUGCAGUCACAUCCAAUAUGGUUAAAACGUACCAGGAUCUCAGUAAAUUAAUUCCUAAAUCCGUGGUUGGUGGAUUGUCUGAUGAUUCAAGCAAUGUUGUCCAGUUGAUUACAGAGGCUUAUCAGAACCUGUCCUCUGAAGUCAUUCUCGACCACGGAAUUACGCCAGACUUCCUGGAUAUUCAGUACGAUUCUAACUGCAGCAAUGGGGAGCAUACUUUCAACCAAUUAAAAGGGAUUUGCAGCAAUGUCAAGAUCAACGAGGAGAUUACAUUUAAGGUUAAAGUGACGGCCAUGGCGUGCCUUCCAUAUCAGAGCUUUCAAAUCCGUGCCUUGGGAUUUACAGACACAGUUAAAGUGAGUCUCAGAACCGCUUGUGACUGUAUAUGUGACGAUGUACCUGUGCCUGGGGCCUGUAACUCCAAUGGGACAACUGUUUGCGGAAUCUGCAGCUGCAACAAGGGCCACGUCGGGAAGAACUGUGAGUGUGUAACUGGAGGGAAAACAAACCAGGAACUGGAGCAGAGCUGCAGAAAGGACAACAAUUCGGCCGUGUGCUCUGGGGCGGGGGAGUGCAUAUGCGGACAGUGUAUCUGCCAUACAAAUGAAGACCCUGCAAGGAAAACGUACGGCACCUAUUGUCAGUGCGACAACUGGAACUGUGAAAUGUUCAAUAAUCAGCUGUGUGGAGGGGAAGGGACGUGUAACUGCGGCACCUGCACCUGCAGACCUGGCUUUGAAGGCAGCGCAUGUCAGUGCAAGACGUCCACAGACAGGUGUAGGAAUGAAAGGGGGAGCAUAUGCAGUGGCCGCGGGAAGUGCGAGUGUAAUACAUGUACCUGCAAAGUAGGCUACAUACCACCUUUCUGUGAGGUCUGCCCGGGCUGCUCUUCCCCUUGCCCACGGUUUGGGCCCUGCGUUGAGUGCCACAUAAAGCAAGGAGAGCAGAACUCGAGGAACUGCUCAGGAAUCUGUCCUGGUGUCAGGGCCAAUCGGACGGAACAGCUGACAGAGGAGACGCUCUGCAGGGAGAAAGACUCUGACAACUGCUGGAUGCAGUACUUUAUACGUGAGGAGGAUGGAGAGGACUUAUAUACCAUCAAAUACACCUUAAAGAGAGAGUGCCCGGCAGCUCCCAACAUAUUUGCCAUUGUGGGUGGAACCAUUGGCGGUGUGAUCCUUAUUGGAAUUUUCUCUCUUCUCAUCUGGAAGCUGAUAACAGAAAUUACAGACCGAAAGGAGUACCAGCGAUUUGAGAUGGAAAGACAGCAGGCCAAGUGGAAAACCACGGUUAGUCCUAUAUUUACCAACGCCACCACCACCGUGAUGAAUCCAAACUUUGAUGGCGAUGGAGAAUAAUUUCAGCAACAUGAUAUAGGAUGGCAUUACUUGUUUAUUUGCUUCAUUUAUGUGAAUUGCCGUUAAAGGACAGCGAAGCCCCCCCAAAAAACAUUUCAAGUUCAGGUGCAGCCUAAGGCGGAAUUUGUACCCCUUCCAUCAAAAACCACCGUCAUCCUAUACUACGUACCCCCACUGGAAGACGCUACUAUGGUUGAAGACAGAAUAAAAGUCAGCAACCUAAAGAGUUUUGUUUCACCGGUGGUAUAUCGAUGUGAACAUCAUAAACUGUACAUAGAACGAAUAAGUAUUUAGUUUACACAUCUUGUUUUAUUACUUUUUUAAAUCUCAAUCAUAAACAAUUCUAUAAUAUUUUAUCUAUUUUACUUGAAAAUAA